AUGUCAACACUCCAAUCCUCUCGUUCUGAACUGAAGGAUGACAUCUCGGAUGAUGACCACCAACAUGACCAACAACAACCUUCAGUACUUUUCAACAAAUCAUUCUUCUCAUCAAAAGAAUGGUCUUCAGGUCUUUUCCGUGAAGGACCACUCCUCACACCCACUUCCAAUUCCAUUUCCGAUACUCGAUAUUUUAAAGUGACACCUCAUGUUGUGGAUUAUGAUGAUGAUGAUGAUAUGGAUUUUGAUGAAAAAGAUCAUCAUUCUUCUGUAGCCUAUGAUGAUGAAGAAGACGAUUCUGAGAGUGAACAAGUGGAUGAAUUCACACCUGUACUUGUUGAAAAAAAGAAUGCAAGGAGAAAUUCAUCCAGAAAAUCAUCCACCAUUUCCAAUUCGACCUCUGCGUCACAACGAGAAGCAAAAAUUUAUCAAGCACGUGGAUUUAAUGAAACCUUGUAUUCGACUUGUUGUUUACCAUGUUCAUUGGCAGAUGUUGUGAAAAUGACACACGAAACGAGUAAUACUACUUCUUGGUGGUGCAUUUGUUGUAGUGCUUGUUUCUUUCCAACUAUAGUGACAACCAUAGUGAGAGGAAUGGUGAGAAGAGCAUUUGGAAUUAAGGGAGGAUGUUGUGGAGAUUGUUGUGUUGGAACAUUUUGUUCAUGUUGUGCCAGUGCACAAAUGUUGCGAGAGUUUAGACAGAGAGGACCACCACCACCAUCUUCUAAGCAUGAAAUGAUUUAA